ACUGCGUAGUCUGCCGGCUUUGCCGCAGUGCCGGCCGGCUUUCAUAUCAGUCGGUUGCUGUAUUUCGCGACCCAAACACGUCCUUCCACUGCCAAAAAUUGACAGUCAGUUGUCAGUUGUCAAUUGACAAACGACGAACGUGUGUUUAUUGUAUUUGAUUGACGGAACAUUUAUUGUGAAAACUUUACUAUGGUGGACGACAUGUAUCUUGGAAAGGCUAAAACGUCUUCGAACAUUGCAUGGCACAGGCCGAUGUCGACGACCUUCCGGGAGGAGGAGGAGCUAAUGAACCGCUGCUCCAGAGCCCUGGACUCGGCCACCGACCCGCUGGAGAAGCUGCGGCUGCUGUGCCUCUCACACGGCGCUGCUGGCAUCAUGGCGCUGGCUAGAGCCUUCCGAAGAAUGGAGAUUCAAGGCAACAAGAGACUUAACAGAGACGAGUUUGUGGAGAGCAUCAAGGAAACUGGGCUAGAUUUCAGUGACGAGGAUGCAAUGGAACUCUUCACCAGGUUCGAUAAGGAUGACACCGGCUACAUUGUUCUUGAAGAAUUUCUGAGUGGUAUCCGCCCCCCCAUGUCGGACUCCCGGCGAGCCAUCGUGGAGCAGGCGUUCAAGAAGCUGGACAAGACCGGCGACGGCGUCAUCUCUGUGGACGACAUCCGCAGAGUCUACGCCGUUACUUCGCAUCCGAGAUACAUGAGCGGUGAAGAAACUGCAGACCUGGUUAUGAGCAGAUUCCUCGCGAACUUUGAACAAGACGGGAUCAUAGAUGGAAAGGUGACCCGCGAAGAGUUCCUGAACUUCUACAGCGGCUUCAGCGUGUCCAUAGACAGCGACUGCUACUUCGACCUGAUGAUCCGUCAGGCCUACAAGCUGUAAACACGUAUCACGGGCUACGCGGUCGCUUGAACAUGGGCGUGUUCAGUUCACUAAUCUGGCAUCUUCAAUUUUAAUUACUUCUUAGAGCGCUUUUACAUUUUAGGCGACUUUAGCAGCGCUGCAAAGGCGCGACAGACGCGCUGCCGAUAAUUUCAUAGGUACUAGAUUUUAUAGUUGGUUACAAGUUGACCUAAUAGAAGCGUGUUAAAAACGCCGCUGCCGCACUGCUGUCGCGCUUCUGACGCCCUAAUGUGGAAGCGGUCUUACGUACCGUAGAUGUGAGUUACUUUAGCCCUAGAGGGCAACUUUGGCUCAACAAAAUGUGAUUGAGCAAACUAUGUUGCAAUUAACUAAAAAUAAAUAGGCGUAAGUAACGCUCUAACAUAGCCUUGUCGUUUAUCGACAUUGCUAUGAUGAGGUGGGAAGCUACCUUUUAUCCUUUUUUAUUUAGAGCCAAAGUUACCCUCUACUCAGGGCUAAAAGUAACCCGCAAAUACGGUAUUUAGAUACUAGAAAAGAACGUAUUUCGUUGAUUACCCUGGCAGAAACUAAUCGUAUCUUAUUUAAUACCUAACUUAUUAAACAAAAAGCGCCAGGGAAGUCAACCAAUUACGUCUUUUUCGUGUUUCGUUCACACAUGUUGUAAAGAGGGGACAAAUUUUCUGGGCAAACUCGCAUCUACUAGAACGUAUCUUAUUCUGUACCCCUUGGGUGGCAUUGUUAUCAAGAGCAUACCCAUCACAUAAAGAAGAAACCCUGUCCAACAUUAUAGAUGCCAGUCUUAAAACAUAUUAUAACCGCGAGUCUGCUACAUUUCUCUCUAAUAAUAAUAAUAAUAAUAAUGAUAACUGUUAGCACUUAAACACAAUCUAUUAGAAAAUUCAGUACCGUACUACCAAUAUAACCCAAACCCAGUGCUAGAGAACACCACUCACAAAAUGUAUUUUGACAGAGCAAUUCUUACAGAUAAAACUAUACACUACAAUAAACCGGAUAUCAUACUACUUGAUAAAAAGGAAAAAACUACCUACAUCAUAGACAUUGCAAUCCCUAACAGUCACAAUAUUCACAAAACAAUUUCGGAAAAAGUUACUAAAUAUACGGAUUUAAA